AUGAACAGGCUGCUGUUUUCUAGGCGUAUCUCUUGUUGGAAUUUUGAUAACACCUGUAAGCUGGGAAUAUCGGAAGAGCUCUGGUGGAAUGUAACGAGUGGUUUAUUGUUGCAUCCUCCUAAGCAAGAGUUUUCGAAAAUUGGUGACUGGGAAUGA